AUGGAUGAGAGACGGCCACCAUCUGUUUCAAGCGAGUUACUUGAAAAUCUUGGCCAAGCAACGCAUGGAAGCUCCUCAUCGACCCCAGACAGCCCCACACGGGUUCGUGGACCAUCACAGAAUAGAUUCAAGUUCAUUUUGAUUGCGAUAGCAACUGUUGGAAUUGUUCUUUUGCUUGUUUCUUUCUCGUUAAUCAACAUUGAUCACCCAACCAAAAAGCAACAUGGCAACCCACGUGGGGAUGAUAUCAAUAAACCACAGGCUGUCAACUAUCGAACUGGGCCCUCAGAGACACUUCGGGCCGAUGCUAAAGAACAGGACACAGAGUUGCCUGUGUUGUUGACAUUCACCAAUUUUGUUACUUUGGAUAUAGAUAAUCUGACUGGCCUCCUCCUCAACAUUAUCCAUGGCUUGCAGCAGUUUUUCAGCUCCAAACAAGACACCUACUACAGCCAGUCAUUGUUUUUCCUGUCAUUGGCCAUCCAUCGAAUCAUGCCGUCCACAUUGAAGAAACUCAUCAUGUUAGAUGUUGAUCUCAAAUUUGAAGCUGACAUUGCCCAGUUGUUUGGACAUUUUGAUCGUUUCGCUGACACAAACAUAAUCGGAAUUGCCCGUGAGAUGCAGCCUGUCUACCGACAUAUUUUCCACGCAUACCGUGACGAGAACCCAGGCACUAGGGUUGGAGGCCCCCCUCCAGACGGUCUCACAGGUUUCAAUAGUGGAGUGUUACUGUUGAACAUGGAGCGUAUGCGGAAAUCUGAAUUGUACAAUGCCUUUCUUGAGCAUGAUGUCAUACAUAAUUUGACGAUCAAAUACAAAUUUCAGGGCCAUCUUGGCGACCAGGAUUUUUUUACCUUGCUGUCAAUGGAACACGAAGAAUUGUUUUACAUUCUACCCUGCACCUGGAAUCGGCAACUGUGCCAAUGGUGGAGAGACAAAGGCUACGAGGAUGUUUUUGAUGACUACUACAGCUGUACGGGAAAAGUGAAUAUCUUUCAUGGAAAUUGUCACACGCUAAUUCCAUCCUGA